AUGUCCUACUCCAAUAGUGGUGGCGGGACCCUUACUUUGCCCUCCCCGACACACGUACACCACGUCGAUGUUACCUCCGCCGUGAGAUCUCUUAGGCGCUCGCUCUCAAGAUCUCCAUCCAAGUUCAAUCUUGUCAAAAAGUCACCAAGCUCAUCGCCCAAAUCACCGCUAUCGCCGUCGCCAUUCUCGUCACCAAAGCACACUGUUUCGCAGCCUACUAUCUUUACCGGUAGCACCAGCAAUCCUCCGCACACACCGUCUCCGUUGGCCGUGCCAUUUCCACCAAGCGCAAAGUUAGCACUGCGCUCUUCUGGGCGGGCCAAAACCGCUCCCCCGCGACCUUCUUCACGCACUCGAACGUCACCCAGGAGUCCCGUGAAACGUGUUUUGAGCCAAACGUCGGAUGCUGGAAACGCGACCCCAAGCUCGUCCGCUACAUCUACAAGCGGGCAGGAGAAUAGUACAAGUACGAGCCCCGUGGAGCGCAAGAGUUUCGAGAGAAGCGCAAGGACGGCUUUCAAUAUGGACAUUAGUGCGCCUGUAAAUCAUGCGCUCUCACGGCUGGGCGACGGGUGCAGUGACACUCCUCUCAGCGCGUCAACCUCGAGCCCUCUGAAGCGCAGUGAUGCGAUCAUGAAUCUUGAUCAAGCAAGUUUAGGGAGCCCAGUCGCCAAAAGAAGGAGUUUACAUGGUUCAGCAAGCUUUGGCCACGACUUCAAUGUCUUUGAUCACGGACCUGUAUCCUCACCGCAAUUCGAUAUCCAUGACGAUAUUAAUCAUGAAUAUGAGUUAUCCACAUCGUCUCUCUCUGCUGAGAGCGGAUCAAACCUUACAUCAAUGCCUCGUCGAUCGUCUUCAUUGCGGAAGUCUACUUUACAGCAGCGACACGGAGAGAAGACUUCAUGGGGCAGAAGACACGCAGCUCAACUUCUGGCUGCUCAACAUCAGGCCAACAACAACGCCCCAGAUGUAUCCACACCCCAAAAAAACAGACCCCGAGUGUCUUUGGACUCAUUCAUGCCCCCUAUGGCUAGAGAUAGUCCUUUUACCUCACAAGGCAGUCUUCCAAAUGCAUCCAUGCACAUGGUCAAUCAACCAGCGCAUCAACCUCAUCCAUUAUCGCGGACUAUGACCACUUCCUCGUCAAGUUCGAGCCUCGUUGAUGAAUCUCCUACGCAUGUCCCGGUUAAUUUUAACGAUCAGCGGAGGCCUAGACUAGAUUUCUCCAAAUCUUUGCCCGCAGGGUCGUUGAGGCCAUAUCCACUUGGACGACCAUCUGGAGAAGAUGAGAAUGGGUCGUUUUCAACACCUCAAAAUUACAAAUCGGUGAAGCCGUUACCAGCUGCAUUCAUGUCUACGGGCCUCAUCUCCAAAGUCAAUCGCCAUCCAGAAGAGCAACAUGUUUCUUAUGGUGCCAAAUCGAAUGUUCCUGACACACCGUGUAAAUUCAAACCAGUCAAUAUCUUUGCGACCUACCCUCAGCAGCAGGUUCCUGGCAGCGCAAUUGCCAAGGCGAGACACAUUCGACACUCCUUUGGCACACCCUCAACACCUUUCAACCCCCAUGGGACCCAAGUUGCACCAGUCACAUUUGGAAAGGGAAAUGGUGUAUUCGGUAGCGCAUUUGGCAGACCGGGUUCAACACGACGAGGCAGCUUUCUCAGUGUUGAUGGAGAUGAUGGCGACCUGAAGGGUGACAGCCAGAGUUCUGAAUUCGACCUUCCGCCAACUCCAACAAAGCAGGCUCUUGCACCUGGCUCGGUGUGGCACCAGAGCAAUGGAAGUCCAAGCAACCAUCGAAGUAUGGCCGCUUCCACAUCCGCUGUGGGCUAUGGCUUAUCCAAGAAACUCCCCAGAGUGAGCAGUAAGUUGAAUCUUUCUACAGGCCCAAGCGAACAGGAAGCAGACGAUAGUGAUGGAUCCAUGGACAUGAGCGACUCUCCGACUACAGCCAAUACUAGGCUUGGCCCCAAAGCUUUCAUGUCCAUGCCGUCCGUCAGCAAGUCUCGUUCACUUAGGACUUCAUUUAUACAUUCUCCGACUCCAAUGAUGUCGAAGUUUCGUACAAUAGCCUGUCUCAGCCCCUCAAGAACAUUGAGCUUUACUAAAAUUAGUAUUCUGGCUCCAGCGAGUCCGUUGGAGCGCAUAGAUUUCGUCGAGAGGCUCUCGCCUCAAACACCACAGGACAGCAUGCUGCCACCUGACCCUAGUGGUCUUUCCAUCUCAAACCCCCGCGAUAUUCAGAUUGGAAACUCAGGUCCUACCAGCAGUGCCUCUAUGCCACCUCCAGCCACCCCGACUACUGGCCGAGAAUACUUCGCACAGAUUGGGGAUCGACGACUCAGCAUGACACCUAUUAGUAACUUUACGGGACCGGAACUUGAUGAAUCACUCUCGUCACGAUUCGAGAAGGCGGAGUUGAUCGGGACGGGAGAGUUCUCUCAGGUCUAUCGCGUCACACAAACUACGCCUCUCAACACAACCAAUUCUUUCUAUCUUGGGGCAUCUGAAUCGCCACUGCAACGUAGAACUCCCCCAACGCCCUUACCAGAACGGGUGUUUGCUGUCAAGAAGUCACGACAGCCUUACCAAGGCAUCAGGGACCGUCAAAGGAAACUGCAGGAAGUCAACGUGCUCAAAGCACUGGGACAGUCUGAUUACGUCGUACAUCUCAUCGAUAGCUGGGAAGAGAAAAACUACCUUUAUAUCCAGACUGAGUUCUGCGAAGAAGGCAGUCUCGAUCUUUUCCUCUCGCAGGUGGGCCGAAAGGGAAGACUGGAUGAUUUCCGUAUUUGGAAGAUCAUGCUUGAGCUCAGCCAGGGUCUGAAGCAUAUUCAUGAUUCGGGAUUUAUUCAUUUAGAUCUCAAACCGGCCAAUAUCUUAAUCACUUUCGAAGGUGUGCUCAAGAUUGGCGACUUCGGCAUGGCCGCUACGUGGCCUGCUCAGUCUGGGAUCGAGGGAGAAGGCGACCGUGAAUACAUUGGUCCGGAGAUUCUCUUGGGCAAAUACGACAAACCAGCCGAUAUAUUUGCUCUAGGUCUCAUCAUGCUCGAGAUUGCUGCUAAUGUUCAACUUCCCGACAACGGUCCUACAUGGCAACGACUUCGCUCCGGUGACAUGAGCGACAUCCCUAGUCUUACCUUCAGUAAUGACAGCUCGAUGCUGCGAGACGCCGAAGGGAUUCCUAUUCAGGAAAGCGAUAUAAGUAUGGAUUUAUUCGGCAGUGAUGAUGAGCUUGAGACAGACUUCGGUUCUCCCACUCUGACUUCUCGCAAGCGAAAUAUCGGGGGAUCGAGCAGGUCAUUAUCUCAUGAUCCUGGAAACCUUUUUGGCUCUGGACGAAGAGGCGAGCUUCACCAAGCCCCACCGUUCAUGAGGGACAUGUACCAUGUUCACGCCCUGGACAGGCUCGUUCGCUGGAUGAUCAGCCCUACCCCCGAGAAUCGCCCAACCAUCCACCAAGCCUUGGAGUCUGAUGGCAUUCAAUGGGUCGAAUCUAGACGUCGGGCAGGCGCAACAGUUUUCGAGGGCAAUUGGGGUCCAGCUGAUGAUAUCCUCGCCGAUGACGCCGAAAUGAUGGAUGUUUGA